AUGUCAUCUGAGGAUACCAUUUCCCUUGGGGAUCAAGUACGCCUCGAUGACAAUGUCUCUGGCGCAGAAUCCAGCAAGUCUACUAGAAGAAACCCUCGGAAUGAUGCAGCUACUGGCGCUUCGGCAGCUGGUGUUCGUGCAGUCAGUGCGCAGAUGGUUGCUUUCUACUUCAGAGCUCCCGUGAAGGCCUUUUUUCGCACUCGAGUUGAUUAUAUGGCAUUCGCAAGAGCUGUCAACCCUCAUUCCGCUGAAAAGCGUUGGUCAUUACAUACAACGACACCUGGUCUUCUCGUCCAUGCCGUUCGUACUUAUGGUUGGCGGUUCAUCCCCAAUCAGCUUUUACCACCUAUGUUGGCAAAUGCAGGCGUUGGUGUUGUCCUGUAUACGUCGUAUCUACAGGCCCUUGGCAUCCUAUAUGAACCCGUUUCCCGAAGUGUCAAGCGUAUAUACCCUCCUGCAUCUCCUGCUGAUACAUUUGCAGCUGGCUUUGCCGCUGGUACGGUACAGUCAGUUGUAGCUGCGCCUCUAGAUGCUCUCCACGUUCGACUACGGACGAAUGACAUUCUCCAUGGUCAGUACCGCAGUAUGUGGCACUAUGGACAGAACAAACUCAAAGAAAUCGGUCUUCGCGGCAUUUUCGCAGGCUGGAGCCUGUCACUUCUGCGCGACUCAUUUGGAUACGCUGUUUUCUUCAGUACUUUCGAGUACAUAAAGUCGCAAGCAUAUUAUUCUUUCAUUACAAGAUAUUACGGGUCACUUCGCACUCAUCAGCUGGACAGUCUGCGAGACCCUCAAUCAAGUGACCGUGGGGUCCCGCUCAUCAAACCUCACUAUAGCUUAGAGCCAUGCUUCCUGAUGUUAGCCGGUGUGGCAGCGUCAAUUGCGCAGCAGGCCGUACAGCAUCCGCUGAGUGCUAUCCAGAACAUUCAUUAUUCUCGACUAGAAUAUCUUGAUCAUCAGGCUAACCUGAUCUCCACGAAAGGGCAGAUGAUGCAAGUCUAUUAUUCCGCUUAUCGAGAAACAUUCAAACGCUGCAGGAGGAGAGCAGCACGUGCUGGUGGUUGGCGUAAAUGGUUAUUUCAGGGGUUUGUAGGAAAUGCUCUUCGCCAAGUGCCUAGCACUAGUGCUGGGCUUGUGAUAUUCGAACUUGUGCGUCGCAAAUAUGCUAAUUUGGCUGACGCCAUCUAUAUUCAGAAAGACGGCUACGACAUUCUUCUGACUUGA